CAACAUGUUCCUAUUCCUAUCCAAUUUUUUUAACAAGUUUUGAUUUCAAGUAAAAAAGGUCUGAUUCUGUUUCAGAAUUUACAAUCAAUUUAUUCUCUUUUUAUGCUAGAAUCGCCUGAAUAGGUUAAUUUUCUAGAAAUAGUAAAAUCUUUUGUUUCUUAAAGUGAAAAAUGAUGGGUGGUUUCGAAGAUGAAAACUGUGCUCAACACUUGUUGUGAUUGAAUCGAACGACGGUUUCGAAUGUUUCAUUUCAAUCGCCAUUACGCUACUUUUUGUAAUGGUUGUACUAGCAAUAAAUUUUAUUUUAUGCGUGAACAAAGUGACCACUUUUUAAAUCACGUAGGAAAACUUCUUUAAAGGUUUGAUGUAUUUAUUUUCAUAAAAAGAAUAAGUUUCUUUCAAUUUUGGCGGGAGUGCUGGCACAUUCUGAGUCCGUCGUAGAAUUACGAUCUGUCAUCUGUCGCCCCCCUGGCCUCGACGUCGCCGUUAUAGCUUUAUUUUUCACUAGUUUUCACCAUUCAAAUUAGCAGUGCAAUAGUGAAAUUCGUGGUGCGCGAUUGAUGUGGACAAACGAUGAUGCGUCGCGAAUAGGCGCAUUGGAAAUGGAUAGCAGAGGAGCUUGCCCAAGUUACGAAGCCGGGUUUGAUGUUUGCGACCCCCUGGGGUCCGUUUUGGAGUGGUCAGGUCGAGGCCCAGCACGGGUACUGCGUAGGCGGUGCCGCAGCGAAGGCAUUGAUCGUUCGCCGUAUGAGGAUGCAACUCUCGAGUCGCAUCGUUCGGCGGAUGGCAUACCACGACAGCGGGUUCUUCCAAAUAAGAGCUACUUCACAUUGAAUAACAUUGUUGAAAGCCGUUCUAACCGCUUCAGACACGAGUGCUCGCUCCCUGCUGCUGAGAACGGUGACUACAUAAUGGCACACGAACUCAACAGGCACCAUGGAUAUCAAUCUGGAAGAUCAAAAUUCGUCAGGACUAGUCCCACCAGACCACUCUUGGUAACAACAUUAUCCAACACAAAAGUAGAUGAUAAUAGAUUGCCAAAAGUUGAAGAGUUACUUGAGAAAGUUGAUCAUGAAAUGAUGGAGGUGCAAGUGGCUAAGCAACCUUUGAAAUCUAUACUCAAUAAUCCAUUACCAAAGUCCCCUCCUCAAGGCAUACUUAAAAAACCUAAGAAUAAGUCUCAUCAUGACUCAAAAGUAAGCAUUGAAGGCCGGCGGCGGCAGAGGGCUUCAAGUGAAUCUGACAAUCUUUACUGCAGCUUCCAUGUUGGUUCCCCUAUACCAGGAUAUGAUAACAGAAUGACAUACCUCUCUAACAAUACAAAGCGUGCAAAAGAUAACUCGGGUACAGGAUACUCCUAUGGUACUGCCAUAGCCUCCCUGAGUAGUCCUCCCAGGUCACGGACCACUAAUCUAAAUGAAGUGAAAAAUGCAAGGUGCUCAUGCAAAGAAGUCAUAGUGACACCAAGGGAUGAAUUUCAUAAUGUACAUGUUUUGAGGACCACUGCUAUCAAUAGUGACACUGUUGGUGAUAUUCCUAAUGGUGAAGUUCCUCGUCAAGAAACUCCGACCCCAGCAUGCCCAGCGGUGAGCCCCGCGUUACCAGUCAGCUCUGUCACCGCGAUCCCUCUAAAGAAGUCGGUCAAGUUGGUCAAGAAGAAGGUCAAGUCGAAAGUCAAAGUGGUGAAGAUGAAGACGAACAGCAAAUUAGAUAUAUGCGUGAUUGAGGGAGAAGCGGAGGAUGCUCACAGCAGAUCACCGUCACCAGACCACAUGGAAUCGUGGUCAAUGGAGACCGAUCCAGUUAUACCGGAAAUAGAGAAGAUUGAGAAACUACCUCCUGCGCCGAAGAAAGAGGAGGUGUCGGAAAAACCGUCUGCCAAUGGUCUUACAAGUAAGAUGAACGGUGCUGUGCCAGCGAAGAAAAUUAUGUCCAAAGAGCAAAUGUUCAUAACGGCAUUGCAUACGACGAAUCCUUUCAAAACGUUGCCGUCACGCAAAGAAUCGCCACUCAGCAUCCCAGACUCGAUCACAAGUUGCCUUCGACCGUCUCUCUUCCCCCGCGUGCCGCCGUACCUCCGCUUCGUGGCCCACGAUGACACGAUGCCUCUCAAGAUACCAGCGCCAAUACAGAAACACCUUAAAUGGAAACUAACCACAAUCACGCCUAUAGUUGUUAAGAAAACCUUGACGAACUCAGGGUUUAGAUUGGUUAAGAGCGAGUGUGAUACAGCUGAAUGUCCGCAGGAAGAGACCGUCGAAUGGAUAGGCAUAUGGGGUAAACAUAUGAAGUCGCUCAUGUUCCGAGCGAUAAAAGACGGUCAGAAGAUGAACCACUUCCCCGGGACGUUUCAAAUCGGUAGGAAAGACCGAUUAUGGCGAAAUCUUCAGAAGUUAGCAACCAAAUAUGGUGUCAGCGAGUUCGGAAUCAUGCCCAAGACAUAUGUACUGCCCCAUGAUAUGAAGCUGUUGAAGCACGAUUGGGAGAAACAUGCGGCUAAUAAUGAGAAGUGGAUUAUUAAGCCGCCCGCGUCAGCCCGUGGCACGGGCAUCAAAGUGGUGUCCCGUUGGACUCAGAUCCCCAAGAAGCGCGCCGUAGUGGUCCAGAGAUACGUGUCGAAGCCGUACCUCAUCAACGGCAACAAGUUCGACAUGCGUCUGUACGUGCUCGUGACGUCAGUGCACCCCCUCAGGAUAUACUUGUACAAGGACGGUUUGGCCAGGUUUGCUUCAGUGAAAUACAAUGAUGAAGUAACGUCAUUGAACGACCGUUAUAUGCAUUUGACAAAUUAUUCAAUAAAUAGAUUAUCGAAAAAUUACACGCCGAACGAGGACUUUGCCGCGUGCGAAGGACAUAAAUGGACACUGCAAGCCCUGUUCCAAUACCUAAAGACUGAAAAGAAUAUAAACACAGACGCCUUAUGGGACUCACUCAAAGAUCUCGUGAUCAAGACAAUAAUAUCUGGAGAGGCCAGUAUUAGUUCCCUCACCAAAGCAAAUAUUACUUCGAGGUACAAUUGUUAUGAGCUGUUUGGGAUUGAUGUUUUGUUAGACGAGAAGUUGAAACCGUGGUUACUAGAGGUAAACAUAUCACCGAGUCUGCACAGCGCCUCGCCAUUGGACAUCCACGUGAAAGGCCCUCUGGUGACGACGGUGCUCAACAUUGCUCAGUUCCAAGUGCCACUCAAGACCAACCUCGAGAUGUUAUCUAAAGAUAAACCCAAUAAAUUGGGUGGACUGCCAUACGACUGUAGGUUAUAUACAAUUUAUUUAUCAAAAGAAGAGAGGGAUAAACAUAUAAUUUAUACAAAUAUGGAAGACAGGGAUUUGUACUUACGCGACAUCCUAUCAACCCUCACCCCCGACGACGUCCGCCACCUCAUCCAAGCGGAAGACGAACUGACCCAGACCGGGGAAAUGGAGAGAGUGUUCCCCACGCACGAGACGCACCGCUACCUGGGCUACCUCACCGGCCCGCGGUACUACAACCGGCUGUUCGACGCCUGGGAGUCCCGAUACCACGCCAAUAGGGACGCAGGGCUGGUGCUGCUCCGCAACCUGUGCGACAUCGGCUACCACCUGGAGGUGCCCCCGGUGCCGCUCAAGCGGUCCCCGCUGAGCGCGUUGGCUGCUUGCAGAAUGACGUGGACGCGCCCUCGCCGCCGCCCUCCGAGCGCGCCUCGCUCCCGUCGCUGUGCGAGCUCGAGAGCGGCCGCGCCGCGCCCGCGCCCGCCCCGCCGCCCGCCCCGCUCGAGCUCCGCGCCUAGCGCGGGGGACCUCGACGCGUAGGGCCGCUGCCGGAGAACUCGCUGCUGAUAUUCUUUUUGUGCGCGUAACAGCUUCGGAGUGGCGUAGGUCGAUGUACGUGUACGCAGCGUAGACGCGAGGCACACGGCCCUGUCUGUCGUGCCGGAUAUGUGACCUUUAUUAUUUAAUAAUCGGUAAUUAUUAUUUGUAUAAAUUAUUUGUAAAUACCCUUGAAACCCAUGGUACCUUUUUAUGGCUAUCAUUUGGAAUUUGAAUUUUAAAUUGUAUGUGUAACGUUUCUUAGCAGUAGGUUAAAAGUGGCGUCUGCGCUGCGUGUAAGAUAAGUAUAGAACGCCUACGCAGGACAAAUGAUGUGUGAAGCCGCUCUAAACAUGUUAAUUUGAGAUGUUCGCGUAAUAAGUGAUAUGGACGUUUAAGUCGCGAUACUAUUAUUAACUGAUAAAGCAUAUGUCUCAUCAGUUUGACUAUUUUUUUUUUUUGGGAAUGGUAAUUUUAUUGACUGACCGGGAUCCAAGGUGUGAUAAAUAUUAUUUAUUACGCAAAUAUCUUUUCUAUUUCAGUCUAUCUCACGAAAUUCCAAUACUGUGCUAAAAUUCAAUGCCCCUCAAAAUUAUGAAUCUAAUUUGUAUUUUCUAUAGCUGAUUUUUUGUUGAAUAACCAAUUUAGAAAAAUCUCAAAAUAUGAAUUUUGUGAGAUAGAACAUUUGUUCUCAAACAAGCCUCAGUUGUUAAUGUAAGCGUCCACAUAGUUAUACAGAAGCGGUUAGGUCCAGCGUCCGAUGCUUUUCCUUGAGGAGUCUCAAUAUUUGAAAAAAAUGUGUAGUCUGCCGCUAUUGCGAGACUUGAGAGCUUAUUCUAAAGUGUAAAAUUGUAAUUUGAUUCUAAAGUGCUGUAAAUUGACUAGUUAGUGUGGUCGGUUAGCAGUAGAUGGUCAGAUGCGCUCGCCAUCUUGACAUUCCUUUGAGCUACAGACUUCUACGUAGACAAAAGUAGUUGAUCGUAGCUCGUUUUGGGAAUAAAAUAGAAAAAUACUUCCUAUGUCGUAAUUUUAGUAUCAUAUCACGAAAUGAUCAAUAAAAAGAGAACAAAUUCUAAGUAAAAUAUCAUUCCGGAAGUACAAAAUUGUUCAACAUUAUUUUCACUCGAAACUAUUUAUUUUUCGUAUACGGAAAUUUAAAACAAUUUUCCGGGUGAAAAUUAUAUGCCAGUAGCUGUAAACUGAACGUAAUGCUCAGUUGUUUACUUCCUAAAAUAUCUUAAAAUAAUGCAAAUAAAAUGAAAAAUAAAAUGGAAAAAGUAUAAAAUUAUAUUAGGUACCCAUUGAAGUUAUAGAAAUAGUAGUUGGUUUCAAUGUUCAAUGUGAUUUUAAUGUAUAAGGGAAUAAUAUAUUUUCCAUUAAGUUGUUGAAACCUUACUUGCCUUGUUCCGAUAUUUAUUUUACUAUUUAUAUUCGAACAGAUAUUAUUAUGAACGCUCAUUUAUUUCUAUCCAAUAUCCAAUCGGAUUCUCAAUUGAUUUGUUUGUAAUUUUCUUAAAUGUAAAUGAAAUCAUACAAUAUAUUUUCAAUUUUAGAUCUGCCCCAAGUUAGAGUGUGCCCCAAUAUGUAGGAUAAUAAUUAUUUUUUAAAUAUAUUCCUGACUCAAUUUACUUAUAUUGAUACAGAAAAAAUUAAGAGGUUGCUUCUAUAAAUAACCCAGAUAUCGGAAGGACCAGGAUAAAACGACUGCUACAAUUUGAAUUCCUGGCCAAGAAAUGUAUAAUUUUAUUAAAGUUCAUGGCUCUUUUGAACUUCCGAGUCGGGUUAUUUAUAGACGACUUAAUAGUGUUGGGCAUAUUCUAAUAUUGAAGAUUUAAUGACUCCGUUUUAGACCUACCACACAUUAUAUUAGCAGAUUUAAAGAAAGCUUGUAAAUAAAUCUCGAAUUUAUUGUAGCUUCAUGAGAUUCUAAAUACGUUUGACGUUAAUAAUAUUGAAAAUUGCAAUGUGUUCAUUGUAUACCUAGUGUUGCUAGCGUAGUGGUCGUCGCUUAGGCGAUCUGAAAUGUAUUUGAAUAGUGUUCACAAGUGAUAGAGUCGAUUCAGUAUCGAAAAAUCGUUGGUAUUAGGAUAAAUAAACAUUUGAAUUGUAUUCAUUCCUUACGUUCCAAUCAAAAAGUAUUUGACUUUGCCCUAAUGACUAUAAUGUAAACAUUUAUUAUGUACCUAAUAUUAAAAUAAAUUAUUUUUGGUCGUAAAUAAAUUUAUGAUUGAUGUUUCUUAGUGUAAUGAUUGGAUGUAAAGAUUUCCCUCGUAUGCUGUAGUUAUUUUUAUAUAUUAUGUAUGAAGUGACCUUGUUUAUUGCUUAUUUGAAUUUUGACAUUUUCUUUUAAUUUUCUAUGAAUCAGAAUACUGAUAUGGAGUUGUUUUGUAUUCUGUUUAUUUUGUAAUUUCAGUUAAAAAUUUCCGUCGCCCAGAAUGUAACCAAAGAACCAAAAUGUCGCGCAUGCAAGCUAUAGUCACUUGAAUUAUCCUUAUUUUCUAGUAGUCUCCACUUUUACGCAUUUAUUUUAGUGCUAAUGUACCUUCCAAUGGCGGGAUAGUUCUGAUCUGAUCCUAAGAAAUUAUUAAAAAAUGAAAAAUCUAACAUUGUUAUUUUAUUUACUUAACUAUCUUUUUUUGUACAUUAUUGUUAAAUCGCCACCUGUUAUUUAAAUAAACGAUUUGCUCAAUGCCUGACAGGUCCACAAACCUCACUUACGAUACCUGUGUUUUAUGUAGGGCGUAAAAUAUUUAAUACCGAUAUUUCGUAGAACGUAGUAUUGUAAGUAUUCUACCAAAUGUAAAAACUGAGAAUAUCGACACUAAAUGUGACACUUCUUUUUGUUAUAAUGUAUAAAAUUAUGAUUUUUUGAAUGACUGAAUUGUGAUAUGUGAAUCCUGUUGCCGAAUAAACAAUAAAAAAAAUGGAGAUGCCGGGGAUCGAACCCGGGGCCUUUCACAUGCAAAGCGAACGCUCUACCACUGAGCUACA